AUGGUUGCGAUGCUGCAGAUCCGCCAGCCAUCUAGACCUCCUGAGCGGCGCGGUAACGUUGAUGGGCGUUGCGCUAUGCUGUGGUACAUCACAGCUAAUUUGAUUUCCCUCGGCUGCAGGAGUACCUCGUUCGGGGGCGUUGUCUUCCGUGGAGUUGUCGUGAUCGGUGGUGUCAUUGCGCAACCAACGGGCAACAGGGGCCUUCACGAUGAUCUUUGUGUUCUGUAUGAUGACAUCCUGGGAGAUGGCCUCUUGAUGUUUGGUGCGGGCGUGAUUCUUGAUAGCCCACUAGACUCCACGUUCAGCGAGGCGAUAAUCCCGAUGCCAGGGGUGUCCUUGAUGGCUUCUAAGAAUUCUGCCACAGCAGCCUUUGUCUUGAUUGAUACUGCCAAAUAUCAUGAGAAGCUGGAUGCUAUUUUGUCUGAUGAGAGCAAGUUCGAGCGCCUGACGAGGAACCCAAAAGACGACAUCAAGAGGGAGGCUAAUGGAGUCAUCAGCGCAGUGAAUGCUGCGACAAAUGCUGUGCACUUCCCGCCCAUACAAGGAGACUACAGCCUGGGUUAUUUAUAUGAUAAUGUAAAAACACUCAAACAAGGAAACUCCCUCCGUCCGAUCAUCAGCCAGACACCCGACCCUACGUACGCCUUGGCUAAAUGCCUUAACCAAAUUUUGACCCAUUACAUCACAAGUCGUUACAGCCUGCAGUCUUCGGCAGAAUUCUUAGAGGCCAUCAAGGACGCCCCUGGCACCGGGAUUAUCGCCUCGCUGGACUUGGAGUCUCUAUUUGCGAACGUGCCUGUCGACGAAACCAUAGAUAUAAUCCUUGAUUGUGUCUACAGGAAUCAGUCAACAGCGCCCAUCAACGUACCUGAAGCCUUGCUCCGUAUGCUGCUGGAGAUCUGCACAACGAAGGCCCCUUUCUCCACGCACCGUGGCCAGAUGUUCCGCCAGAUGGACGGCAUGGUGAUGGGCUCCCCACUGGGGGUCCUCUUUGCUAACAUUUAUAUGGGCACCGUGGAGGAACGGGUCUUCGCCAGGAUGCAGCAACCCUGCAGUUAUGGAUGCUAUAUUGACGACAUUUUUGUGCAAGUCGACGCCGAGGAUGAGGUAGAAGCCUUCUGUCAAGCAUUUCAGCAGUGCAGUGUGCUGAAUUACACAGUUGAACACAGCUCUGACAAUCGGCUCCCCUUCCUCGACGUCCUUGUAAGCAAGACGGAAGACGGUCUCCGUACUUCCAUCUACACAAACAAGACCAAUCUAGGACUUUGCCUCAAUGGUGACAGCGAGUGCCCCGCCAGAUUCAAAAGCACCAGCGUCAGGGCCUUAGUCAGGAGAGCCCUCUCACACUGCUCGACGUGGCAGGACACUCACCAGGAACUCGACCGCAUCUCCCAAAAUCGGAGGACGCGCGACCUUAUUAUGAAAAAUAAUCCCUCUUCACGGGUACGAGACCCCCUGAAGCAGACGCAUGUAGUGUACCAGUAUACUUGCCCAGUCCGCGAAUGCAGCGGCGCUUACAUAGGUAUGACUACCAUGCGCCUGUCGAAGAGACUCUUGUGCCAUGCCCAAGAGGUAGCUAUCAAGAAUCAUGCCUGCACCAAACAUCAAGAGGCCAUCUCCCAGGAUGUCAUCAUACUGAACAUGAAGAUCAUCGCCUGA